GACUUGUGCUUUUUGCAGCACUAAUGGGCUCGCCAAAGCAAAAGCUUACCACCACUAAGCAUCGACAAAAACAACGUCGUCUGGCUGUAAAAUUAACGAAGAUUUUUUCCCGCACUGAUAAAAGCCGCAUACAGUCUACAUGCCAAUAGUCGAGCCCAGCGACUGAGCCACGUCCUGCGUCACCGCGAGAAUUCCAAUCACAUCGAACGGACACGGACGGACAGCACCUGCGGCACUCGACGUUCGCACUCGCACCACUACCCAAGACCCAAUCACCCACCCGCGAUGGACGACCAUUCACGUUUCGCACCGAGGCUGCCAGGUCCGGCCAUCAAUCCCAUCGUCGACAACUCGGACGAGCCGCAGCCCAGUCUCUCCGAUCUGCACGACUUUGAGCCGAAGCUAGAGUUUGACGAUACCGAGCUGCUGGCCCCAUCGCCCCUGGAAAAAGAUGUUAUGGUCGGCGAUUUCGUCCUGGCCGAUGAUCCAGAAUAUAUAGAGCCCGAAGAAGAUGUGAAUCCCUUGGAGGACGACUUCGAGGACCAACUCAGGGAGCAGUCGGAGAACUUUCAGGCGCCCAGGAACAAAUGCGAUUUCCUGGGUACCGACAAGCAGGGUCGUCAUAUCUUCGGCAUUUAUGCAUCUCGCUUUCCCGAGAAGUCCCAGCUAGAAGGUUUCGUGCGUGAGAUUAUCAAAGAGAUCGAACCGUUCGUGGAGAACGACUAUAUUCUGGUCUAUUUCCACCAAGGCCUUCAAGAGGACAACAAACCAUCCACCCAGUUCCUUUGGAACUCGUACAAGGAGCUCGAUCGUAAGUUUCGCAAGAACCUGAAGACGCUGUAUGUGGUGCAUCCGACCUGGUUCAUCCGGAUCAUCUGGAACUUCUUCAGCCCCUUCAUCAGCGACAAGUUCCGCAAGAAGCUAGUCUACAUCUCCAGCCUGGACGAGCUGCGCCAGGCGCUCGGCCUGAACAAGCUGAAGCUGCCGGACAACAUUUGCGAUCUGGACGACAAGCUGAACCCCAGUCGGAAGCCAUCGACGCCGCCACCCAGCAGCAGCAGCAUAAAUGCAUCCCGGCAGCAGCAGCACAAAAUGGCGACGACGCAUCAAUUCGGGGUGCCCCUGAAGUUCAUCGUGGUGAACAGUCCGUGCCUGAACUCCAUUCCGCCCAUUGUGCGCAAGUGCGUGGACUCGCUGUCCAUAACGGGCGUCAUCGAUACGGAGGGCAUAUUCCGGCGAUCGGGCAACCACUCAGAGAUUAUGGCGCUCAAGGAGCGCGUCAACCGGGGCGAGGAUGUGGAUCUUAAGAGCGUCAAUGUGCACGUGAUAGCCGGCCUGCUGAAGAGUUUCCUGCGCGAUCUCGCCGAGCCGCUGCUCACGUUCGAGCUGUACGAGGAUGUGACUCGAUUCCUGGACUGGCCCAAGGAGGAGCGUUCGCGGAACGUGACCCAAUUGAUACGCGAAAAACUGCCGGAGGAGAACUACGAACUGUUCAAGUACAUUGUAGAGUUCCUGGUCAGGGUGAUGGACUGCGAGGACCUCAACAAGAUGACCUCCUCCAACCUGGCCAUCGUGUUCGGUCCCAAUUUCCUGUGGUCGCGCAGCACCAGCACCUCCCUGGAGGAGAUUGCCCCCAUCAACGCGUUCGUCGACUUUGUGCUGCAGAACCACAAGGACAUCUACUUGAUCGACGUCAAUCAGCGCACUGUGUCCGUCGACUAACGACUGGCCCAACCGCACAAACAAGUCCGUAAUUGUAAAUUGUUUGAUUUUAAUGUUAGUCCUAAGUGAACCGAUGGUUAGCUAAAUAGAGAGCACACAAAAGGCAACGGAAACUAGGGCGCAGAAGGCGGUUUCGUGUAUAAAGUGUACUGUAAUCCUAAGUUGAAUUUUAAACUGUGUGUAUGUGUGGAACUGCUUGUAGCCCCAACUCCACGCCAACUAUUCCCCCCCAAAUCACAAUUAUUUAGCCCCCAGCUAAGCGCUUAGUACGAUUGAUUUACCAAAGAAAUUUGCUUAUGUUCGUUCGGCGAGCAGAAGAGAAAUUCGAUAUGAGAUGUUAUUAUUGAACUAUGUAUUAAUUGAACGCACAUUCCCCCAUGACCGGAAGCGAAUCUUGGUUGCGCUGCUGAAUGCACCUGCCACGCGAAAGUGGAGUUGUGGCGAACUCAAAAAUCGUAAUGUGUAGAAUUUUGAAUUUCCUUAUAGUCAUACAAACAAUUUUUAUAAAAUAACGGUAUUGUUAAAAAUAAAGCAAAUGUUAAAACUA